AGCAGAAGGCAGGGACCGCCUUGAAAAUUCUGCACUUAAGUAUUUGUUGGAUUAGUUCGAACGGAAGUGGAAAGAACAGCAAGCGCGAGGAGGCGGAAGCUAAGGCGGAAGGCUUGGCCCUUCCUCCCCCGCCCUGGAACCUAGAGGGAGUCCCAGAGCAAAGGGGGAGGGGCCAGAGUUCCAGCCGGAAGGAGACUCGAAGCAGUACCGGAAUUGAGGUCAGCCCACAGCGGCGCCGGAAGUGGCGUCGGUCUCGCGCCGGCGCCAAAAUUCAAAAGAGCCGCUCGCGAGAAAGACGAUCACUAGCUGCGCCGGAAGUGGGCAGGGCGUCGCGCUGCGUUACGCUACGCUGUGCUACGUCGCGCCAAAAUUCGAACGCGAUGACGCGCCGUAACUGAGGAAACCAGUGUUGUGCCGCGCGUCUCCGAGGCAGCCGGCAGUCGGGUCUCGGGGUCCCGGCCGGCGCACCUCGCCGCGCCAUGGCACGGGUUUUCCGGCGAGAGACCGAGGACAUCACCCCUGAAUCUAAUUUUCCAAGGAGAAAGCAAGAAGAGAAGAAAAACAGGGUCACACCUCCGCUCAUAGUUUUGGAUUCUAGCAGCGACGAAGAAUUUGAGAAGGUGUUGUCCCAAGUGGUUCCAAAAAUCUCUUCUGGGGAGAAAAGAAAUGAUCAAAAUGAUGCAGGUACUAGCUCUGUAGAGUCUACUGGAAAAAAAGAGUCUGGGGAGAAUCCUAAAGGGAAAAAACCCCGCAAGAGUCCUUCUGAGGAUAUGCUCAUUUGUGUCGAUGAUGAUGAUGAUGAUUUUGCCGACCCAAAGCCUGGAUCUUCAGGCGUCUCAGGGCCGCGGCCUGCCCUACCAACUAUUCGGCUCACGCCAAUUGAUCUGCAGAGCCGAAGAAGACGUGGAUGGUAUUUUCCAUCUCAAGUCUAUUGGACCUCAUUCUUGAGAAGAGCCAAGUCCAUCACAGUGGGUCAUCACACAAUGCUGCUGUUACUACAUACAAGGGUCUCUUGGUUCUACUCCCUUCACUUAGCAUCAGUUCAUGUCCUUGCCACUAAGGAAAGGGGCUGCUACAGUUUUGCAAAAAUCUUAAAAUGGAAGAGACCAGAACCCAGCUCCUCUGCUUUGACAUCAUGGUGGCUGUUUGAAGUGCCUAGUGCUACGUGGGACGUCUGGCAUAUCAGGAUGUGCCGUGUAGCCGGUUGCUUCUUGGCCGACCUGUCGAAUCCGACAUGCGAAUAUGUGAGAUACUUUCAGUGGAAAAAGACGGAGCUGACUUGGAAGCUCUAUCACUUCUUUAACGAUACAAUAUUUAACAAACAGUUACCAGAAAAAAUGACCAUCAACUGGAAUAACAAGAUGCGGACCACAGCAGGCUACUGCCAUUUUGCUGGCAAAAAGGGGGGUUCCCAGGCAGGACGUAGCGUCCAGAUCGAGCUGUCUGAAAAAGUCUGCGACUCUGCAGACCGGCUCCGGGACACCCUGAUUCAUGAAUUGUGCCAUGGGGCUACUUGGCUGUUCCACGGCAUCAGAGACUGUCACGGUCCCUUUUGGAGGGUCUAUGCCCAAAGAUCUGCGUUGGUGCACCCUGAAUUGCCCGUGGUGAAACGCUGUCAUACUUAUGAGAUUCACUAUAAGUUUAUCUAUGAAUGUUCUUGCUGUGAAGCCAGGAUUGGCCGCCAUUCUAAGUCGGUGAAUACCAGCCGCGCGAUGUGUUCUCUGUGCCACGGGCACCUACGCCUGCUCCCACCCAAUCAGAACAUGAACAUUAACUUAUCUAAAGUCACGCAGGCCAUUCCCAUCGAUUCCCGUGUGAGAAGACGUCCACCUCCUAAGAAGGCCAAGGUUGAGUCGCCCUCAAAAGGGCCCACAAAGAAGAAGGGGGGCCGAGAAGGUGGGGGAUCCGGCAGCCAGGGCUCUGGCCGUGCUUCAGGCAGUGCUGUUUAGAUAGGAUACUUUAUUAGAUAAGUUUUAAGUUAUGUGUUGAAAUGUUUGGAAUCAAUUUUUCUGCUGCUUUUAGAAUCCCGUGCCUUUAAGCAGUGAUUUCCCAUCACUGCCCAAGGAACACCACUGUGAAGUCUAGCUUCACUCCCUCUGAGGGAGGAGCUGGAUAGGGGGGGAGGGGGGAGGGGGGAACCCAAAACAGAGAGGCCGCUGUGAGGGGCAUCUUGGGGACCAGUGUUUUAAGGUGAAAUUUUACUCCGUUGUUACUGUAUUGAAUUUUCUUUCUUACAAAGAAGUUAAAUACCAAGUAUUUGAUUUUAUUGUGAAGAAUAAAAGUUUUUACGGCCUCA